CAGGCAGCAUAACAGACUAAACAUGGAACUCUGGUGAAAGACAAAAGCCACACCUACCGUCCACACAGCGCGAGCUGAAGAAACGAAAGUGAAAAUAUGGGUUUAACUUGCAGGUGAAAAGAUAAUAAACGAAACAUCAGAAAGAACAGCACAACAAUGCCAAUCACAUUCAGCGGAUGGGAGGCCUGCUGUGAAACAUAUAAGGAGCUGCAACCCGGCCAGGCCCCCAAAAAAAGCCAUGGCUACACCAUGUUCCACGGGACACACAAGAGUAAUGCCCAGGCUAUAAUAACAAACGGGUUCAAGCCUUCAGCUGGGGGAACCCUUGGAGCAGGUGUCUAUUGCAGCAGGGACAUUAACAAAGCCUCGAGCUACCCAGCAUUUUGUGCUCCUAAUGACAGAGUAGUGUUCAAGCUGCAGGUGCGAGUGGGCAAGGUGAAGAGGAUUGACAACCAGUGCAUGCAACUGCAGACCACGUGGCAUCAGCAAGGAUACGACACAGCCUGGCUGCCCGCCUCUGUGUUCGGACAUGAGGAAGACUGUGUAUGGGACCCUAAACGACUCACGGUUGUAGGUAUAGCACACUGUGGGGAUGCUGCUGUGAAGAAUUCUUUGGAGAGUCUUAUAAAGCAGCAAGACAAUGGACCAGGACAAGAGGCAGGUGAGCCAAAGGGGAAAGUCUGCAAGAGUUGUGGAAUGCAGACCCAGGACACCCAUACUGUGGAGAAGUGCUGGGUCUGUAAGGCAGCUAUAUGUGCUUUCAUGAAUAAGCAUGCUUGCAUGAAGAAGUGAUUUGUCACCCACUUUUUCCUCUUUGAUUCACUAAUCACUGUUUACUAAUCGCCUAAUGUGUACUGUUUUGUGUGAUCAUGUGUGUCUUUAUCACUACACAAUAUCUUGCAAGUAAUUCAUGAUUAUUUGUAAAAGGACUUGCUUUCUCUCAGGGUGUCCACUUCCUUAUCUGAAUGUUUUUCUGAGGUUUUUCUAGGUGCUUUGAGAUUAUUGGUAUUGUAAAGUGUGUUAUAUAAAGAAACUAUAUAAAAUUGUGAAUCAUACUUAUGCAACAGGAGAUGAGAAAACAAAGCUCUUGAAAUAAAUUAAGUGAUUUUUACAUGUUAGAAAUUAUGACUAUGACAUUAAUGUGAAUGUGGCAUUAGUUGAUCAUUAAAGUAUAUGAUAUAAUUUAAAAUUUCUGCAUUUUUCAUUGUUUAGCUUCUGUAGGAUAGCUUCAUCCUUAGAAUCAACAAAUAAGUGAAUCUGCUUCAACACACCAGCCCAGUGUUGAUUAUUUGUCUAUAAUAUAGUGUACCUUUGAGUUUUAUUUUUUAACUUCAAAAUCUUUAAUCUACAAAAUUAAACACAAGAAACAGAUUGUUCAGUUUUAUUUGAGCUAAGUACAUCAGAAAUGUGUAGUUUUGUACUGGGUAUAUGGGCCAGAAUUUAGAAGUGGCUCAUUAAAUGGCUUGGUGAGAUUAUCAGACAGCCCUAUACAUGACAACUCUUCAUUUUAUACACACAUAUCCUUCAUUUCUAUCAAUUACUCACUGUAAUCUGUUGAGAACUAAGAAGCUACGUGCUUCAUUCUUUUUCUUUCAUUCACAGCUCUAAAAAAAUAAAAAUAAAAAAUGAUUGAAAAACAAAAAUGAUAUUUAUGUAAAAAUUUAUGGAUGGAGUCUCCACUAUCUUUGCUUUGUAACAGUCAGGAUGAAUAUAAAGAGAUGUGAGAGGUGAAGGUGCAAGUGUUUGCAGCUGCUUUAUCGAAACUGAUAAUAGGAAGUGACUUGUAUUGUGGAUUUUCUACAACAAUUGGAUGUACAAUAAAUAUGAAUGCAUAACAUGCAUGAAUAAAAUAUUGUAAUUGUUAGCAAAUUGCUGCG